GUCAAGGAACUCAUCGCUAGUGAUGCAGACAGGGAACAACUGUUUAGUUCUCUGAAGCUGUAUCAAUCAAACCAAGACCUUUACCAACUGCUGGCUGACUUGCGUCUGCUGCUCAACGAGCCCAGUAAACUGGAGUUGUAUGACUACAUGAGACCGCUGAUUCUACUGCAGCAUCAGAUUGAGUACAGCAGGAAGACACCAACUGCCCCUGGGGUUAAGCUGAGGUCAGUUCGUCUGCAGCGCCAUCACGGAGAAGGCCUCGGCUUUGCUGUGAGAGGAGGGUUUGAGCAUGGAGUGGGGAUCUUUGUUACAGACGUCACACCGGGAUCUCAGGCGGACAGACAAGGACUAAGAGUUGGAGAUGAAGUUGUCAGAGUCAAUGGAUUCACCAUUGCUGAGGCCAUACACGAUGAUGUCCUGAACCUCAUCAGAUCCAGGGAUGAGAUUCUGCUGAAGGUCACAUAUAUUGGAAUGCUGCCAGUCAAACAGGAGACAACCAGUCCGGUGACUUGGCGAUAUGUGGAUUCUUUAGAUGAUGACAGUGAAGAGAAGAGGAGGCCACAGGAUAUCAAGAUUUUCAUUGACAGCACAGGACAUGCUUCCCUUGGAUGCAGCAUUCUGAGGGAUAAAGACUCCAACAAGCCUGGGAUUUUUGUGGAAAAAGUUCGGCCAAGGAGCAUUGCUGACCAAGUUGGAUUGGAACCAGGUGAUCAGAUUCUGGAGGUCAAUGAUACCAACUUUAGAAGAAUUUCCUGGGAGCAGGCGGUCUUGGCUUUGAAGAGCAGCAGACAGUUGAACAUUGUGAUCCGCAAACAUGCUGCUGUAAGCAGAAAUCCAGCUUUCAAGGUUCCUUCUACCUUUCCUGCAUUCAGCACAUCUCCACCAAUCCCAACAGAAAGUCCACCUAGCCUAACAAACUCCAGCAAGUCUUCAGCAUCCUCAAAUGCAUUGGAAGAAUUAGACUGGGAUUUUAAUCUGCCAUCUACAUU